GGAGUGCUGGUCGUCGUGUUUCUGCGUUCAAGUCCGACCGAGUCCAGCGUCUGGGCAGCACUUGACGUCGGACCACACUUCUGCUUGCAGUAUCAUGUCGAGAAGAUCCGUUCCUGAUAGCCCCUGGCAGAAUGGAAUGCCACCGUUUGGUCUCUGCCAGCAGCAGUUCAGUCCAAUGAUGAAUUGUGGCCCCAUGUGGGCGGCGCAGAAUAACCUCCCCUUCAUGGGCGGGAGCAUGGCUCCCGACAUGAUGCGGUUUGGAGGCAACGUUUCCUCUCGUUCGAACUUUAGACGCAACUACGACCAGCCGGACCGCUACAGGCCACGUCAGGGAUACAAUGACCGUUAUGGAAAUCGCCAAGGUGGAUACGGUCGUGGGGACCGCAAGCGCCCAGGUCCCGGUGACCGUUCUCGGUCGCCUGCUUCGAAAAGAACAGCACCACGGCGUGACGCCGCUCGAAAAGAUCAAGAUCGGCCUAAGAAGGAAGGCGCUUCAGAAGAGGAGGCUGCCGCAGCAGACGAUGAAGCGGCGGAGGCCUCUGGCGCACAGGCCGAUGACCUCUAUGAUCCUGCUGAGCCAACCACGGAGGACACUGUAGAGGGGGCUGAAACAGCUGAAGGACAAGAGGAGGACGAUACUGGUGAAGGGGCUCAGGAAGAUGCCAUUGAAGAGGGUGAUCAGGAAGGUGAAGGUUCUGCAGACAAGGAUGAAACGGGAAGCGGAGAAGCUGGUUCAAAAACUUCCCCAGGCAAACCUGCCAGUAAAGUGCCUGCCAAACCAGCGGCCAAGGCAUCUGGAUCUAAGGCUUCCGACGCCAAAAGUCCCACCAAAGGAGCUGACGCAAAGGGACAAGCAGGAGGCCGGGUGGCUGAAAAGGGUCGUCAAGAACAAGGGAUUAGGAAGGGUGGCCAGAAAGAUAAGGGCUGGUGCACAGUAUGCGAGAUCCACUUCGAAGGCAGCUUUCUUGACCACAGGAGGACUGAAGAUCACAAGGUGAAGCGGGAUGAGAAGUAUCCGAAGUGCCACCCCUGCAGCAUGGGCUUCAAUAAUCGCAAACAGUAUGAGCACCACUGUGCUGGUGACUUUCACUGCAAGAAUGUGGAAGUACUCGAUAAUGAAGUGGAUGAGACAGCUGGUCCUUUGGGCGAAGAAUACCUGGAAGAAGUCCCUGCCUAUUAUUGCACAUUGUGCAAGCUGCUUAUGAAGAUUGAACUGAAAUCUCAUCAUUGCUGCACCCAAGGCCAUUAUAGGAGACACAGGGAUGUCAAACGCAAAGAAGAAGCUGCUAAGAAAGCUAAGCUUGCAAAGGAGAAGGCAGAAGAUGAGGAGGAUGAUACAAAUCAAGUGGCCUACACCAUUACCGAUGAAGUGGGCAGUGACGAUGAAGCCAGGGCAGCCUCAGAUGCAGCAGCAGCGGGCAAGGCUAAUCGGAAAGGUCCAGCUGAAGGAACUAACGAAACCAAGCAAGAAAAGCCAGCUGAGGAAACUGAUGCGGCAGUGAAAGAGGCCUCGGAGGAGCAAACCAAGGUUGAGCAUGACAUGGAGCAGUCUGAAGCAGAGGACAAGUCUGAAGCAGAGGACAAGUCUGAACCAGUGAAGGAAGAGGGUGACAAUUCAAACGAGCAGGGUAACCAUCAGGAGGAGUGCCAGGCGGAGGAGCAAGAAGCAUUGGAGCGCGAGGCAGCUUCUGCGGAUGCUGCUGUCUUGGAUGAAAAGAAAAAAAGUGACGUACCAGACACAAAUGGCUGCAAAGGCCCCGAGGAAGAUGUAGAUGAGAAAAAGCCUGUGGUGGCUGCUCCUGCCACCAGCGCUACUCCAGCUACCCCCAAAGCUCCAGUCUCGAAGGCUACACCAGCCAAAGCGCCAGUCAAGACUGUGGCAGCUCCUAAAGCUGCUGCCACAGUAGCCAAGCCCGCAGCGGCUGCCACCAGGACACCUGCUGUGAAGACAGGCACUGCUGUGAGCUCAGCUGCUGCAACCUCUGGUCCUGCGGCCUCUGCUGCUGCAGCUGCCAAGAAGCCGCCAGCUGCGGCAGGCACAGCAGCAGCAGGCAGGGGCGGCAUGGUGAGGGGUCGUGGCAGGGGGGCCGCACCUAAAGCAGUCCGGGCACGUAAACGUUAAAAGCCCAGAGUUUUUUUUUUCUCUGCCGGUCUCCUGGGUGGCAGGUGAUCCACUUUUCCCUGACCUCUUUCUUUCCUUUUCAUUCUCUUUUCAUGCCUUUACGGGGCACUGUCUUCUUCAUUGUCAUAGACUUUUCUCACUUUUCUGGUCUCAAUUAAAGCUAUCCAAGCCUUGGCCAGCUCCUUUUGUGUGACAGCAGUUGUGUCAUUGCUUGGCUUGCUUGGAAUUGCCACACUUCAGUAUACUUGAGUGUGGGCAGAUAAAUGUUUGAACUAGAGCAGCUGGCAUGCUUCCUACUAGGUGGAAGGUAGUCAACAUUCCCCAAUCUCUGUAUGCUUCUCUUUCUUUCUUCAUUUCAUUCACUCUUACGUCCUUUCGGGCAAAGGUCAUUUGACACAUGCAUCAUUUUUUUGACUGUCAAUUCACUUUUUAAAUUCUCUAUUGACACUGUCUGAGUCUUGGCGAGCCCUUUUUGCGUGACAACGGUUGUGUCAGUGCCCAACUUAUUUGCAAGUGCGAGACUUCAGUAUACUUGAGUGCAGGUUGAAGAAUGUGUGAACUAGAGAAACUAGUAUGCUUUAACUCUACCAUGUAUUCUUGCGUGGAGGCCACACUUGUAUUUUCAUGAAUGUGGGCCCAAAUGAUGUAGUGCAAAGCAAGUGGCACUGCACGUAUGGGGGUAAUGGGACUGCAUUGCCCCUUUUGGCUUUUGCUCCACUGGCAUAACACUCAUGCACGAGUUAAAUCUAGAGCAAAUUUGUAUCUCCGAUGUGCAGAUACCUUGGGAAACUGCCAUUCGAGCUUAAUUUCCUGCCUUGUUGCAAGCUUGCAGCCACAGAGCUUCAGGAAUGCAACAACAGUGUUGCAAGUUGCUGUCCUAGGACAUCACAGUUCGUGCAAGCUUCUGGAAUGAAAAAAAAAAAGAAUGAAACUGAAGGAGAUAUGUGUCAGUUGAUAAUGGGGAUUCGACAGUAUGUUUUAUAGCAACCAUACAUUUUUCGAGCAGGUAAAACCAGCACUACUAGCUGUCUGUAGAACACACCAGUACUGACUGCUGCUUUCUUUAGGUAAGCUGAACCCCUGCCAUCUUAGUGGGGGCAUGAAAAAAAUUGCUGGAGUGAACAUGGAAGUGAAGCUGGGUGUGUGCCAUCUUUGUUGGGAUGUAAAACAUUAACCCAUAGUUAAGAAAAGAAAAAUUUUCUUCGCAUGCCCUACGAGUUCAAGAUGCCCAGUUUUGCCAAAAAGAUGUUGCUCGAUGUGUGUUGCAGUUUUUUUUUUUUUUGUAGAAGCCUCAAUGUUUUGGUAAAUUUUAUUGAAGGUUAUGUCAUGAACGGUCAGCUGGAGGAGUUACUUUUGGGGGCAACGGUGACCUCCCUUUAUGGCUAGCGUAGUAGUCAACAGAACAAAAGCACUUUAUCGGCACGUGGUCACUACCAGAUGAAGCUCUAUUUCUGAGGUACAUUGUAGAAGUUUUUUUAAUAUGCUUGACAGUCCCUGGCACUGGUUGGAUCUGCGUUUGGUUGCUAGAACAGUACCUCGUAAACUCUAAAAAACUGCUUCGCUGUAUGGUAUAGCAUGUGUGGUCCACAUUGCUUUUGUGUGUCUUCCUGGGCUUUUGUUGCCCACUUUCUGUAACUUUUUGGGGAGAAUGUCUGAUAAUUUUCAGCAGAAUGCAACCAUUGUGUCACCAGCACCGCCUCAUGUUGGCUAAAUCAUGGCUAGAGUCCUCUGAUGUCGGCUACUCUUGGCUCUCCGCUGUUACAUUAGCAAAAUAGGUUUCACUCAAUUCAGUGAUUGAGUUUUUUACCAAUUACUAUUCAAUGACAUGUUCUGGUCCAAAUUUUGCAGGUGCGUUUUUUUUUUAAUCGAGAACAUAUGGUGUGCAUGGUGUUAGUGUGGUAGUGGAUUACCAUGAAUAUUUUUUGUUUGUCACAUUUCAACUUUGCAGUGUUGUGAAGUGCAGGGUUGAAAUAUAUUUUCUUUCAGUGCACUGGGUGCUGCUGGCACAUAUGCUUGAUUGCAGACAUGUGAACCAGCCAGCAUGUUCGACUUCGUUAGCCACGAGAUAAUCGCGAAUAUAAGUACAAGCUGCUGCAUGUUGUGUUGUUGAGAAAGAUGUUUUUCACUACAGGCGGGGACAACCUAAGAAUUAUAAGUAGGCUCCACCUACAGUCGGCAACAACUUGUGCUAUGUCUGCAUGGGUACCGCUGUCCAACUUCAAGAAAUUGUGCAGAUAUGCCAGCCAGUUGUAUUUGCAUCAUUCCCAGGAUGUCAAGCAAUUUUUCACUGCUCUGCGUGUAGUUUGCAACAACAUAGACCACUUUGGCAUGAGUAUCAUUGUGAACUUCAAGAAUUUGCAUAGAUGCGCCAGUCAAUAGAUGGAUAGCAAAAUGACGUCUUCCGGUUCGAUGCCUAGCUCUUCGCUGUUUCAAGAUGUGUGCCGUUCAGUGUAAUCGGGGAGGAAACACAUACUUUCUGCGACGCGGUUGUUACCGGUUAUCUUGCCUCCUCCCCGAUGACACUGAACCGCACACAACUUGAAGCAGCGAAGAGCUGAGCCUUGAAGGUUCUGCGAACCGGAAGUGCUGUAGCAGACGACGUGCCGUUUUUCUAUCC